AUGAAUGCAAUAAUUUACCCUAUUAUGCCAUCUAUAACUAAGAUUGAGGGAUUCAUUGUAAGUUAUAAUAAUACAAAACAACUAAUUGCUGUUUCAUUAAAAGAACUUUAAUUAAAUUUUAGAAAAGAAAAGGCAGUCUAAUUAUUAGAAUAAUAAAAACAACAAAUACAACAGUUUUAAGAAAUCAAAUAAGAUCCUCAACAAGGAUAAUGUUAUUAGUAGUAAUAAAAUUCUUAAUAACCAUUAUUUUUGGAUAAUACCCAAAAUGUCCAUUAAAUAUUGGGCCAAUAAAAUUUUCAAAUAUGUUAGGCAAAUUGUUAUAAUAUAUGCUAUAAUUAAAUUAAUUAUGAGUAAAAAUAUCAAGAAGAUAUAGAAAAUAAAGAGAACUAUAGUACUUGUUCCACACCAAAAUUUGAUGAUAUAGGCAAUGAUUUUUAGAUGGAACCUAAUUAUAUUAAAAUAUAAACAAGUAAGAAGAAGAAUAGUCAUUAAAAAGGAAUAUUUUUUACUUUCUAAAAGGAAGAGGCAUAUGAAUUUAAGUAGAAAAUAAAAAGAGAAAGUUUAUAAUAAAUUUAUUCUAAUUAAAAAAAAGGAAUUUAGUUUACAAUUUCUAUACCAAAAAAUAAUUUAUCUUUCUAAACUGAUUUUUAUUCUUUAGGAUUUAAAAAAUUAAAGGAAUAAACAAUUUAAGAUUUAUUAAAGAAAAUUUUAAAUUAUUAUUCUUAAAGUGUUAAGAUUUAUUAGUGUAAUGAUAAAUUAGGUAUGAAAAUGUAACUUUAAAACUAAUAAUUAUUGAGAGAAUUAGUAGUUUUAGAUGGAACUGAAUUUAGGAUAAUUGAUAUAGCUUCAGAUUAAGUUUAGGGAAUAGAUUAAGUUAAAUUUGAAUAUGGAGAAGUAGAAUUUCAUCAUUAAGACAAUGUUAAUUACCUUCAAUUAUGUAAAUUCAGCCAAGAUUGUGUUGAAAUACAUGAUUCUAUUUUGAAAGAUGUUGAGAGAAUAACAUUUUAUAACUUUGGAGAAUCAAGCCAAAAAGCAAAAACAUUAAAAUUAUAAGACUUUAAUGAAUUUGUUAAGUGGGUUAAGUGUUGGUGUGUCUAAAAUAAUUUUGAUAUUAUUCAUAUUGGAACUCAUUUAACUGUUCGUUUAAUAUGA